AUGGCCGACGCAGCCCCCGAAGAGCCCAAGAUCUCCAAGCGCGCUGCUGAGAAGGCCGCCAAAAGGCUGCGGCAAAGGCCGCAAAGGAAAAGCACAGAGAAGCCGCUCCUGCCAAACAACAGGCCCCAGCCGCUCCUGCUGCACCUGCCGACCCCANAUGCCAACUUCAAGCAGGGCUGGCUGAAGGGCGUCUACAACGAGAAGCCCGUCCACGACGUCCAGACCCGUUUCCCACCCGAGCCCAAUGGCUAUCUCCACAUCGGCCACGCAAAGGCCAUCACAGUCAACUUCGGUUUCGCCAGAGCUUACGGCGGCAAGUGCAACCUUCGUUUCGAUGACACCAACCCUGCCAAGGAGGAGGAGCGCUACUUCACCAGCAUCAAGGACAUGGUCAGCUGGCUUGGUUUCGAGCCCGCCAACAUCACCUACAGCAGCGACAACUUCGAUGAACUGUACCGUCUGGCCGAGGAGCUCAUCAACCGCAACAAGGCCUACGUCUGCCACUGUACUGCUGAGGAAGUCCAGAAGGGAAGAGGAGGUUCUGACCAUGGUCCCCGCUCUGUCUGUAGCCACUGGAGCAGACCCGUCGCUGAGUCACUGGAAGAGUUCCGUGCUAUGAGAGAUGGUAAAUACAAGGCUGGUCAGGCUCUCUUGCGCAUGAAGCAGUACCUUGGCACCAAGCCCGAGGAGUACGCCAUCACCGAAGAAGACUCGCCCGAAACCAAGAAGGAGAAGGCCAAACUGAAGACACUGGCCGAGAACCCCUCCAUGUGGGACGUCGCCGCCUACAGAGUCAAGGAUCAGAACUACCACCACCGCACCGGCCACAAGUGGAGAAUCUACCCUACCUACGAGUUCACCCACUGUCUGUGUGAUAGCUUCGAAGGUAUCACUCAUUCUCUGUGCACUGUCGAAUUCGAGACUCUGCGUCCUGCUUACAACUGGCUCCUGGAGGCCCUUGAUCACAAGAUUCCUGCCUCUGAGGAGAAGGGUCCUAUGCAGCGUGAAUAUGGCAGACUCAACGUAGAGGGUACCAUCCUUUCCAAACGUAGAAUCCAGAUGCUGGUUGAGGGUGUCAAGGCUGGUGGUCAGCAGCCCUCGGAAGAAGAGGAGCUUGCUGGAGCUGCCGAAGAGCUUCAGAUCGCAGAGACUGGCGAGGAGGAGGCUGGCGCCGAGACUGCUGUGUCCAAGCCCGUCGCAGGCACACAGACUAUUCCCCCUGUUGUCCGUGGCUGGGACGAUCCUCGUCUCUUCACUCUGGUUGCUCUGCGUCGCCGCGGUGUUCCUCCUGGCGCUCUGAAGAAGUUCGUUCUAGACCUCGGUGUGACCAAGGCCAAUGCCGACACCAAGAUGCACAUGCUGGACGCUUCAAUCCGCACCUACCUCGAGCGUACCGUGCCACGUUUGAUUGUUGUUCUCGAUCCCAUCAAGGUCGUCAUUGACAACCUUCCCGAAGACUACCUUGAGGAGCGUGACGUGCCUUUCGAUCCCAAGGACAAGGAAAAGGGCAUGCACAAGCUUCCUUUCACCAAGACCAUUUACAUUGACCGCGAUGACUUCCGUGAGGUCGACGAUCCCGACUUUUUCCGCCUCGCCCCUGGCAAGUCUGUCGGUCUACUCUAUGUUGAUCACCCUCUUCGCUGUACAUCAUUCACAAAGGGCGAGGAUGGCAAGGUCAAUGAGAUCCGCGCCGAAUAUGGUGCCGAGGUGCCCGCAGGCAAGGCCCGUAUUCACUGGAUUGGCGAGUCGGCAGCUCACAAGUCGCCAAUCAAGGCCGAGGCUCGUAUCUUCAACUCGCUCUUCAAGAACCCCCGUCCCAACGAGCUCGACUGGAAGAAGGGUGGCUACUAUGAAAACGUCAACCCCGACAGCGAGAUUGUGCACAAGAAUGCUAUGAUUGAGGCUGGCUUCUUUGACAUUCAGCAGCGUGCACCAUGGCCCAAGGAGGAGGGUGAAGCCAAGGGCAAUACCGGUCCCGAAGCUGUACGCUUCCAGGGCUUGCGUACCGCUUACUUCUGUGUUGACAAGGACAGCUCUGCUGAGAACAUCAUCUUGAACCGCAUUGUCAGCUUGAAGGAGGAUACCAGCAAGAAAUAA